AAUCAUCGUACUCUUGGCACCUCCCUGUAUUGUAGACUGUGACCUUGGAACAGCUGAUCGUCAAAACAAAUAGUAUGUCCCGUGGUGCCAAAACAACGAUGAGGGCCGUACGACCAUUUUUAACGCUCUCGGGAGCGAAGAAUUUGCAGAACAAUGUAUUGUUACUUAGACGUCGUUUAUGUCAGUCUGCCAGUCAGAUAGGAGAACAGAAAGAAGAGUCAGCUGGGACUGCCUCUGUAAAACAGAUGCCACCACCACUCCGUGCUGGUCAGCCAACUUCUCAUACACAUUCUCAUCUUGUGCGGCCAGGAGAAAUUACAUUUGGCAUAUCUCGUGAAGAAUACGCAAACAGACGAAAUCAGUUAAUGAAACGGCUUGGAGAGAAGGAAGGCAAGCAUCAUAUUGUUAUAUUUCCUGCAACACCAAGGAGAUAUAUGAUAGACAAGAUUCCUUAUCUCUAUAGACAAGAUACAGACAUGCUAUACCUGUCUGGAUGCCUUGAGCCAGAUUGUGUUCUAGUCCUUCAUACACUUCCUGGAAGAAAAGCUCCAGUACACAAAUCUGUAAUGUUUACUCCAAAACAUGAAGCUAGUCAGGAGUUAUGGGAUGGCCCACGAACAGGCCCAUCAGAUGCUCCCAGUGUAUGGGGUGUUGAUGCUGGCUUGCCACUUAAUGAACUAACUAGGUAUCUAACUCUUCUUGAACGUGACUUACAAACUCCAACGCUGUGGUACCAUUACAAUUCACUGCCAGAUUCAAGUGCCAACCGCCAGUUACAAAGUUGGUUUAAUGGUGGAAGACAGGGAGGAGUUUUGUCCCCAAAGGCUGAUGUUCAUGAACUUAGGCUUAUUAAAUCCCCUGCUGAAAUGGAUCUAAUGAGACAAACUUGUAGAAUAAGUGCUGAAUCUAUUGCUGCAACAAUGAAAGCCACCACUGCACCAGUUCUGGAGCACCAACUUUUUGCUAUAGUUGACUACCAGAGUAGGAUGAGAGGUGGCGAUCACUUGGCGUAUCCCCCCGUUGUAGCAGGUGGAUCAAGAGCUAAUAUAAUACAUUAUAAUAACAAUCAGAUUAUCAACCCAGGGGAGUUAGUGCUUAUGGAUGCAGGAAGUGAGUUCAGGGGAUAUAGUGGAGAUGUUACUCGCACUUGGCCUGUCAGUGGGGAAUUUACACCAGCACAACGAGAUGUGUAUGAAGCUGUGUUAGAAGUUCAGCAGACAGUCAUUGCUGCUUGCAUUCAGCGUCCCACACUAGAUCAGCUGUUUUCCAUAAUGUGUAGCAAACUAGGAAAAGUUCUUCAGGAACUAUGUAUUUUACCUCUCAGUUAUUCUGAUAGUCAUUUACUUCGAGCAGCAUAUGGAUUUUGUCCUCACCAUGUAAGCCAUUUUCUUGGCAUGGACGUUCACGAUACCCCUCUUAUUCCAAGAAAUCGGAAACUUACUCCAGGAAUGGUUGUUACAGUUGAACCAGGUAUAUAUGUAAGUGAGAAGAACACCAGUGUACCAGGGCGAUACUUAGGUAUUGGAAUAAGACUAGAGGAUGAUGUUCUGAUAACAGAGAGUGGCGUUGAAGUGCUGAGCAACUCUUGUCCUAAGCAUCCUGAUGAGAUAGAGGCUAUUGUUGGUGCUGAUUACAAGUGAGAAAUCCUUGAAAAAUCAGUGAGUUCAGAUUUCCCAGCAUCCAAUUGACUGUUCAUUGAUUUUCUUAUUCAAGCAUCAAUGUUAUGUAUUUUACUAGCAGGAAAAAGCUUUUUGAAAUGUUAGUUUUCUUAAAAUACAUUUCAAGCAGAACUGUGACUCUGAUGUGUAUGUUUAAAUUUGUUGUUCAUACUUUUAAUGUGGUAUGACUAAAUAAUGUAAAUGUUUUUGUAAAAAUUAAAUUCAGCAUGUACGUAUAUACAUUCUCAAACCUGAAUGUAAGACUGUAUAUUGUACAAAAUUCCCCUGAGUCAGAAUUAAGCAUCAAAGUCAGGUUACUCUUCCCCAUCAUAUACUACAUCUUCCAUAUUUAUUAUUUUUUUUACAAUUGAUUUUUUACAAUAUCUGUCACAAAGUUGUUUAGGAAAGGUCAUAGUCUCAUACAGUCGUAAAUUUCUUUUUUUAUUGCCAUACUGUAUUUCUUUGAUACUGAUAACAAUUGUCAAAGACUGUGUAUUCUUUUUAUGACAAAAUGAUAGGAUUAAUGUUUCCUGUACAUCUUCCAUUUUCUCUGAAGUAUCAGGGAUGUCUGCUUUUGAACCAAGUCAUAACUCUAAGGCUAUUCCAAAAAAUUUAUGUUAAAAAGUUUUAAAUUGAUUCUGAAGAUUUAUGAACAUGACUAGUCUGAAAAUAUGUUCCCUUGGAUAGCAGAAGUCAUUACAGGGCAGCAUCUAGUGUCAGUUUUGUUGACGUCACAGUGUGCAAAAUGAUAAUUAAUAUUUUUUAUAUUAAAAAAGGAUUUUGCUCUUUUGAUGUAC